CCUUUUGCUUUAAGGAAACCUUUGGAACUGUCUCCAUAUCGCGCCUUCGGCAUAGUGCCGAGGUCGCCGAUAUCAGACUACAGUGCCCAUGAUGCUCAGCGUACCGCGGGCCGUCCCUCCGUUAACCAUCCGCAGUCCCAUUCACUCCGAGCCGCCGGGUCGGCACCACCGCAGCCUGUCGUUCGUCUGCGGUCCGGCUCCGCCGUCGGGACGAGAUCAAGCGGACGGACUGCGUUUUGGAGGACAUGCGGUGACAAGUGACAAAGAGCCUCCAGAGCAAGGCUUUGUGUGUACACACAUUGUGUGAAUGCUCAUGUAAGACUACCAUUGCUGUGCGCGAGCAAAGGGGCAUAUCGGACAUAAGAACGAAAAACAUGACAGCAUGAUGCAGUAUAAGAUUGUUUAUUAUCAUUUGGAAGAGGAAGGAUAAGAGGAACCCACACAGGGCAGAUGAAAGAGAGAGAGCGAGAGAGAGAGAGAGAGAGGAAAAGGGCUUCACUUCAAGCAGCAAUGCAGAUAAAUCACGCUGGCUGAAGGGGCCCCUCAAGGCUUUCAUGUUGCUUUCUGCGUUUUCUGGCCAUCGGAGUGUGCCGCGGGUGCUAGCUCGUUAGCUACCUGCCGUGUCCGCGUCGGCUCGGUCCUCACACAGCUACGCGGUUAACCUUCAGCAUGGUCUUGUCCGACAGCGACGGCUCGGGGAGUGAUCUGUUUGAGUCCGGGCAGCAGCUGCAGCCGCAGGGCCAGCUCGCCGACCCAGCCUCUUACUUCAAAUCCAAAAGUUUGCCGAUCCUGCAUGGUUCCUGUCCAGUGGAACUGGACUCCCUGGAGCCGAGACUGGUGAGUACGAUGCAGGCAUCCGUGAACCUGGAGCCGGGCUUGGCGCUCGACGAUAGUUUGCGGAAAAUCGACAUGAGCCGCCCGGAGUCUUUGGCAAGGACGGACUUGUCCCCGUCCACGUCGAGCGUGGUGGGUCUGAGCAGCUCCAUAAAGACCGAGGGCGCCACCACCAAGAGCAGAGCGCUGAGGUUCCCCCUGCGUGGACUGAUGCGAAUUCCCGCCAGGAAAUACAUGGGCAUAAUCCUAGCGGACUCGCGCUGCUUCCUGUUCUGCAUGUGCUACCUGACGUUCAUCCAGUCGCUGAUGGUGUCGGGCUAUCUAAGCAGCGUCAUCACCACCAUCGAGAAGCGCUACAGCCUGCGCAGCUCUGAGUCCGGCCUGCUGGUCAGCUGCUUCGACAUCGGCAGCCUGCUGGUCGUCGUCUUCAUCAGCUACUUUGGGGGCCGCGGGCAGCGGCCGCGCUGGCUCGCGGUGGGCGGGGUCUUCAUCGCCGUUGGUGCCGGGCUCUUCUCGCUGCCCCACUUCAUCUCUCCUCCGUACCAGAUCCAGGAGGUGAACUCCUCCACGGCCAAUGAGGGACUCUGUCUCAAUGGCAACGGCAGCGGCCGGGACCUCCUCCGUGCGUCCUCAUGCCCCCGGGACCAGGAAGGCAAUGACCACUCGCUGUACGUGGCGCUCUUCAUCUGCGCUCAGAUACUGGUGGGCAUGGGUUCCACGCCCAUCUAUACCCUGGGACCGACCUACCUGGACGACAACGUCAAGAAGGAGAAUGCAUCCCUUUAUCUAGCAAUCAUGUAUGUCAUGGGAGCACUGGGCCCAGCCGUUGGCUACCUGCUGGGAGGGGUUCUGAUCGGAUUCUACGUGGAUCCGAAAACCAUCGUGACCAUCGAUCAGAGUGACCCGCGUUUCGUGGGGAACUGGUGGAGCGGCUUCCUGCUCUGCGCCAUGGCCAUGCUCCUCGUCAUCUUCCCUAUGUUCACCUUCCCCAAAAAGCUUCCUCCACGCCUCAAGAGGAAGAAGAAGAAGAAAAAGAUGGCCGCCAAUGACGUCUCCAGCGACGAGGACAUCAUGAAAGAGAAGUCUGGUAGCAAAGACCAGACCGUCACCUCCUCCAUGGGUUUCGGGAAGGAUAUCAAAGAUCUCCCCCGGGCCGCCGUCCGGAUCCUGAGCAACAUGACAUUCCUGUUCGUCAGCCUGUCCUACACGGCGGAGAGUGCCAUCGUCACUGCAUUUAUCACCUUCAUCCCCAAGUUCAUUGAGUCUCAGUUCGGGAUUCCAGCGUCCAACGCCAGCAUCUACACAGGUGUGAUUAUUGUGCCAAGCGCUGGGGUGGGCAUUGUCCUGGGGGGUUACAUCAUCAAGAAGCUGAAACUGGGUGCCCGGGAGUCCGCCAAGUUGGCCAUGAUCUGCAGUGGGGUCUCGCUGCUCUGCUUCUCCACGCUUUUCAUCGUGGGCUGUGAGAGCAUCAACCUUGGAGGCAUUAACAUCCCCUACACCACAGGGCCCACACUCACCCUGACCCAGCGGAACCUGACCGGCAGUUGCAAUGUGAACUGUGGCUGCAGGAUCCACGAGUAUGCCCCUGUCUGCGGAUCUGACGGCAUCACCUACUUCAACCCCUGCCUAGCGGGCUGCGGCAGUGUGGGCAACGACAGCACCGGAAUCAGGAACUACACGGACUGUGCCUGUGUCCAGAGCCGGCAAGUCAUCACUCCUCCUGGAGGAGGGCAGGGCAACCAGCUCCAGCUCGUCAUCGUCAAGACCUACCUGAACGAGAAUGGCCAUGCUGUGUUGGGCAAAUGCGACCGCACCUGCAGCACACUCAUCCCCUUCCUCAUCUUCCUCUUCAUCGUCACGCUCAUCACUGCCUGUGCCCAGCCGUCUGCCAUCAUUGUGACCCUUAGGUCCGUAGAGGAGCAGGAACGACCUUUUGCGCUCGGAAUGCAGUUUGUUCUUCUCCGAACACUUGCAUACAUUCCCACACCCAUCUACUUCGGCGCCGUCAUUGACACCACCUGCAUGUUGUGGCAGCAGGACUGUGGCAUCCACGGCUCCUGCUGGGAGUACGACGUCACCUCCUUCCGCUUCGUUUACUUCGGGCUGGCCGCCAGUCUUAAGUUUGUGGGCUUCAUCUUCAUCUUCCUCACGUGGUACUCCAUCAAGUGCAAGGAGGAGCGGAUGGAGCGCUGGCAGCAGAACGCCGCCCCUCUGGGCACAGUCAGCGAGCUCAUCUGCCAUGCCGGGGGUCAGAAGAGCCAUGCGCGGACUCGCUCCUGUCCCGCCUUCACUCCCCGCGCCGAACCCCCCGGCCUGCCCUCCCUCAACCGUGGGCCCAGCAGCCAAAGCUGCCCUGGCAAUGCCCUCAAAGCAAUAAGCCCGCCUGUCUGCUCGCCUGUGGGCACCGCUGCGCGCGCCUGAGGCGAGGCCCCCCGCCCGCUCCACAGCCAUGCUGGACACGUGCCUUCCUGCCCCACGCUUCGCCCACCCCUUUGGCUUAUGCGUGGUCUGUCCUCUUGCCAAACCCCCCCCGAUUGCUAGAGGCCCGGUUCCCUUGCCACGUGGUGCACCUCACACAUUUACCCUCUACAGCACGUGCAGAACAUAAUCCGUAUGAAGUGUUCCGAUCCACCAUGGUGCUAUGUGAGGGAGUCUUACCUGGAUAUACAGAACAGACCUGUUUAAGAUGCCGCAAAUAAGCUGUUUGGUGAGCACAACGGACAUGUGUACUAUGCAAGCCCCCCCAGCUCGCGUGCCGCUCAUGGAAGGCCGUCGUCUGCUCUCUGUUUUCCUCUGUUUGCUCUCCUUGACAGCUUACCUCUUGUUUGCGUCGAAUGAUGGUUCGCAAACCUCGCUGAUUAAAUGUUCUGCCUCUGCGGUUCUGUUUUUUUUCCCUCCGCAGUCCGUUCCCUCUCUCCCCCUCCCCCCUGUGUGUGUCUCCCUCUUCCAUUUUUGGUCCAUCCCCCUUCCCUUCCUGUGCCUUCCUAUUCCGUCGCCGGUCCUCUCCUCUUUCCUCCUCCUGCUCUCCUCUUCUGAUCGCCACAGCUUUCUUUCUAGCUUCUUCUCGCUCCUGUCCCUCCAGUACCGUAUCGUAAGUGGGACAAGGGAAAUUCCCAAAGCUCUCCUGCAGGGGGCACUGAGCUGAGCCUGUUCACUUCCUGUGGUCCUGCCAGCCACGACGUGUACAUGGGCUCACAGUCACUGAUUUCAGUAAAAAGGAGGGGGAUCAAGUGGCACAAAGAGUUUCCCAGCAUGAUGUGCCCCCCCCCUCCCCCCCCCCGUGGGUGGCUCAGGUGAGUGGCCCAUUCCCCGUGAUGAUUAAUGUUAGCCGCCUGUAUGCCCAUGCAGUGUUGGAAGCAUCUUAGCUAUGGCCGAUUCCCCCUUGGGCGGACAGCCUCCGCCGGUCCAGGUGCUCUCGUACCUGCAGGGGAGGCAUGGUUUCCUCCACCUCUGCCCAUGACCUUUGCAAGAUCAGCCAACGAAGAGCAGAACAUGGCUGAUUCCUGCUUUAGGCCCGGUGCGCACAGCCUACCCUCAACAGCGCCCCCUAGUAGCGCAAGUCGCAUAUGUGAUACAGCCUGGCCACAGCUGAGGAGCCUGGAACCCACUGGUUUGGCAGGGGAGGAUGGGAGACCCAGAGGGUGAGUCUGUGCUUGAUGGUGCCCCCAGUCGAACGGCUUCUGACUCCACUUGCGCUCUUUCGAUCACCGGAUGUGUGGGAGGCUUCUGUCUUAAUCAGUUAAGAUUUUAACCAGUAGUGCAGUAAGCAUGCAUGUAACUACUGUAUGUCCGGAGUAAUCGAUAACAAAACAGCAGUAUGUAAACUCAAAGCAAAUGGCAGAGCCUAGGUGCAGGACAGCUGAGAUCCCCUGCUGGUCAGAAUGGGUAUGACGUACAGUGGUGACAUGAUUAGGUCAGUGGUGAGGGAGGAGAUUUCUCUGUGGAUGUGCACGUAUGGUGCAGAAAAAACAGUGAAGGAUCUGCAACGCAAAUUUCCAUUUCUUUCCGUUCAUGGCGUUUAAAGGAUAUGAUGAAAUUACCAAAGUAAAAAAAAAAAACAAAAAACAAACGUCUUAACUGCUAGUCCAGCGUAUUAGCAGCGUUAAACAGGGAUCUCCUGUGCCCACCCCCUUCCUGUAGGGGGUGCUAUUGCGGGGUGAGAAGGUCUGCAUUACUCUGUGAAUGAACUUCUGGCCUGCAGAUGGUCAGCACUGUGCCGACGCACCGUCCGUUCAUAUCUCCGGAAAUAUAUCAGGACAGCUGGAGUGUAGUUUCCAGCAGCGCGAAGCUGAAGGCAUCGUGAACGCGUCCGAAAUUAUUUAAUUCCAACAGCAUAUAAUUGGCACUGAUAGACGACAGUCACGGUGUCUUGAUUCAUUUGCAUUUACUAAACAGUAGUUGUGAGAUCAGUGUUUUUUUUGUUUUUUUUUUAAGAUGACAGCUGCAGAUUCUGACUCGCAGUCAGAAAUAUUUUGAAAAUGGAAUGAUGCAAAGAGCAGAAUCCUUAGUGCUUUUCCCCAGCAGGCAUGUCAUACCCCAGUAGAGAAUAAUGUACAUAUUUGAAGUGGCCGAACUGAACAUUUUGUGAUAUACAAUGUGAAAGCCUGAAUACGCAUUCAGGGUGACCACCUCUGUGCACGUCGACCGCGCAGUAUGGCAGUAUCUGCUGUUGGCUCAGACGCAGCUUGGCUGAGGUUCUCACCCUGACUUAUCCUCCAUGAUCUUCUGGAAAUGCUCUUACUGACUGUACCGUUUGCCGCACUGCUCCAAGCCAUCCAGAGUGAUGGUUUUUCCUCACAACCAGCUUGAAAGGAGCUGAAGGAGAGGUCAGGAUUUGGGUCAGUAUGCUUGCACUAAUUAUUUUGUUUUAGGGCGGUGGGUGGGGGGGGGGGGGGGGGGGUGCUUGAUGAUGAUUCUGGGCAUUUCUCAACCUCAUACCUCCUCUCGCUGUUACAAAAGGUGUUUGUAACACAAGCAUCUUGUCAUGCCCCUGUGGAGUGUGGGGGUUACAUCUUGGGGGGUGGGGGGCAACUUUUUUUUUUUCAUUUAUAUCAAUAUUGUCUUAUUUAUUUCAGGAACCCCUUUAAAAUGAAAAAAAAAAAAUGUUCGUCAGGAAGCUAAAUCAAUACAAUAUUUGUGAACAUUUUGGUUUGCAAAUACCUUGAAUACUUGAUAUUUGUCAAUAAAAAUGGUAAAAAUGUA